AUGAUAACUACGCUAGAGGAGUCCCCAGUGGACUGCAGUGUGAGCAAAUGCAACAAAAUGGUCGGUGCCGGAACCGAAUCCAACCCCUUGAAUUACGGAACCUACAUGGACGAGAAGAAUGGUCCUCCUCCCCCCAACAUGACGACCAAUGAGAGGAGAGUGAUUGUUCCAGCAGAUCCCACAUUAUGGACCCAGGAACAUGUCCGCCAGUGGCUGGAGUGGGCCAUCAAAGAAUAUGGUUUAAUGGAGAUUGAUACCAACCUCUUCCAGAACAUGGACGGCAAAGAACUGUGUAAGAUGAACAAGGAGGAUUUCCUCCGGACCACUUCCCUCUACAACACAGAAGUCCUACUGUCUCACCUCAGUUACCUCAGGGAAAGUAGCUCCUUGCUAUCCUACAACACCCCAGCCCAUACGGAGCCGUCAUCUCGACUCAGCACCAAGGAAGACACUUCAUACGAUGCAGUGAGACGAUCUGGAUGGGGCAAUAACAUGAAUUCCAGCCACAAUAAAAGUCCUCCUCUGGGAGGGACACAAAAUGUUGGCAAAAAUGUGGAGCAGCAGCGAACUCAGCCAGAUCCCUAUCAAAUUUUAGGACCCACAAGCAGCCGUUUAGCCAAUCCAGGGAGUGGACAAAUCCAGCUUUGGCAGUUCUUACUUGAGUUGUUGUCAGACAGCUCGAAUGCCAGCUGUAUCACAUGGGAAGGAACUAAUGGCGAGUUCAAGAUGACCGACCCUGACGAGGUGGCAAGACGCUGGGGAGAGCGCAAGAGCAAACCCAACAUGAAUUACGAUAAGCUGAGUCGAGCCCUCCGAUAUUACUACGACAAGAACAUUAUGACCAAAGUGCACGGCAAGAGAUAUGCAUAUAAAUUUGACUUUCACGGCAUCGCCCAAGCUCUUCAACCUCACCCAACCGAGUCAUCAAUGUACAAAUACCCUUCAGAUCUUUCGUACAUGCCUUCGUAUCACACACACCAGCAGAAAAUGAACUUUGUGCCUCCUCACCCUUCUUCUAUGCCUGUCACUUCUUCCAGUUUUUUCGGAGCUGCGUCACCAUAUUGGACUUCCCCUACAGGAAGUAUUUACCCAAAUCCCAAUGUACCACGCCAUGCUAACUCCCAUAUGCCAUCACACUUGGGCAGCUACUACUAGAUGCUUUCCUUCCCCAAUCUCUUUUUUUUUAACCAUUGGUGGCCUUUCUCAGUUUGAGUGGAUGUUCUCUUCCAUUCGUGGAUAUCUCUGGACUUUUUGAUGGACAGUCACUUUUUAUUUGGGAAGAACGCUGAAAAACUGGAUAUUAUUAUUAAUAUUUUUAUUAUUAUUAUUGGAGAAAAACUCUUUUUUAUUUUUGUAGUCCUGCUUCUUCUGUCUCUGAUGGGCAGUCGGAUUCUCUGAUGGGCCAGUAUUGUGCAUUUGGUGGUGGUUCUAAACCUUAAUUUCUAGGACUCUCUAGGACUAAGGUAAAUGUAUUACAGGAUUUGCCACGGUUAACACUCCAGAUCUUAGACAAGAUGUUGUCAUGAACAAGGCUUUUGGGAAAGAAAGGGGGGAAAAAAGACCAAGACCUUUGAGUCUUAGAAGAUAAAUGUUUGUUUGUUCUGGAUCUAAUGGCAAUGACAGAUUUCCUCCCUGGGGUUUUGGGGGAGCAAAAGAAAGUUCAACGAUCAUGAGGACCAUGUUUGGAUACACCAACUGGAAUCUUAGCUUUAAAGCCAACAAAGGCUUAUGUUUUAUCUCCCAACUGGAAAGAGAGAAAUGAAUAUAUAUUCCUAUACAUAAAUGUGUAUAUUUUAAGGUAAUUAAGGGCAUUGAAAGGACCUUUUGAGAAUAUGGUUACACCGUUUUCUUAAUAUCUCCAGAAACAGUCAUGACCAGGAAACAAUCACAAUGCAUCAAGGACAGAGGUAACUUACGAAUGCAAUGUGGAACUAAUAUAAAUGACAGCGGCUUCCUAAGCUUUGCCAGAGUUUUGGGAGUUGCAAAAAACAUAUCCGAUUCACGAACGCUGUGCGUUUGUCAGUCCGUUACUCAGAGAGUCAUUGAGGUCAGAGGGCAACUUACUGUAUAAAUUAUGCAGAGUUAUGUUUUUACCUAUAUCUCACAGUAUUAAAAAAAAUAAAGAUGAAAACUAAAAACGAGUUGACCUCGGUCACAAAUGCAAUUGUUGGUGUGUGUGGUUUUUUGUUUUUGUUUUGCUUUUAAAUCUGUUGUUGUUUAAUGUAAUUUGUACAUGUUUUCAGUCUGUACAUUUGGGUUGCAGGUUUGUAUUCCUUUCCUUUCUCCUUCUCUCCCUUUGUUCUUUUUUUUCUCCCUUCAGAAAUAAACUUGAGACCAAAAAAUGUAUGUAAUGUGUCUGUUGGCGAAAAUAAAAGCCUGCCAUUUUGAAAAGAA